CAUGCCGUGGCCGUUCUCCGAGUCCAUCAAGAAGCGGGCCUGCCGGUACCUGCUGCAGCGGUACCUGGGCCACUUCCUGCAGGAGAAGCUGAGCCUGGAGCAGCUCAGCCUCGACCUGUACCAGGGCACCGGCUGCCUCGCCCAGGUGCCCCUGGACAAGUGGUGUCUCAAUGAGAUCCUGGAGUCAGCAGAUGCGCCUUUAGAAGUCACCGAAGGCUUCAUACAGUCCAUUUCUCUCUCAGUCCCAUGGGGCUCCUUGCUCCAGGACAACUGUGCACUGGAGGUGAAAGGGCUGCAGAUGGUCUUCCGACCGAGACCUCGCCCGGCAUCUGGCUCUGAGCCCAUGUACUGGUCGAGUUUCAUGACUAGCAGUAUGCAGCUGGCAAAAGAAUGUCUGAGCCAGAAGCUCACAGAUGAGCAAGGAGAAGGGUGUCAGCCCUUUGAAGGACUCGAGAAGUUUGCUGAGACCAUUGAAACAGUACUAAGAAGAGUAAAAGUCACUUUUCUAGACACUGUCUUGCGAAUUGAACAUGUGCCGGAAAACUCCAAGACUGGAACUGCUCUUGAAGUCCGAAUAGAAAGAACUGUUUAUUGUGACGAGACUGCGGAUGAGUCCUCCGGAGUGAACGUGCACCAGCCCACAGCGUUUGCUCACAAGUUACUUCAGCUCUCUGGAGUGUCUCUCUUCUGGGAUGAGUUUUCUGCAUCAGCGAAGUCUUCCCCAGUGUGUUCAGUCGCACCAGUGGAAACUGAGCCCAAGCUGUCACCUAGCUGGAAUCCUAAAAUUGUAUAUGAGCCACACCCCCAACUAACGAGAAAUCUGCCAGAGGUAGCACCCUCUGACCCAGUGCAGAUUGGAGUGCUAGCUGGUGGUGUGGAAUGGAGUCUCACAUUGAAACAGAAUGAAGUGCUUCCUGGAGCUAAGUUGGAUAUUGAUGGACAGAUGGACUCUAUUCAUUUGUUCCUGUCUCCAAGGCAGGUGCACUUGGUUCUGGAUAUGCUAGCAGCUAUUGCUGGACCAGAAAAUUCUAGCAAAAUAGGGUUAGGUAAUAAAGAUAGGAAAAAUCGACCCAUGCAGCAGGAGGACGAGUAUCGAAUUCAAAUGGAGUUAAACCGGUAUUAUUUGAGAAAAGAUUCCCUCUCUGUGGGUGUAUCUUCAGAACAAAGCUUUUAUGAGACAGAAACAGCUCGUACACCUUCUAGUCGUGAAGAAGAAGUCUUCUUCUCCAUGGCUGAUAUGGACAUGUCCCAUAGUCUCUCUUCGCUCCCACCCCUCGGAGACCCUCCCAACAUGGACCUUGAGCUGUCAUUAACUAGUACCUACACAAAUACCCCCGGUGGAUCUCCACUGAGUGCUACUGUGCUCCAGCCAACAUGGGGAGAAUUCCUUGACCAUCAUAAAGACCAGCCGGUGAGAGGGGGGGCCGUGCUGCCAUCCAACAUAGUUUCCCCGGCGUCACUACAAAAGACUUCCCUCCCCUCUAGGUCUGCUUCAGUGGAUGACUCCAGACCUGAGCUGAUAUUCCGACUGGCUGUGGGAGCCUUUUCAGUGUCUGUGCUCCACAUUGACCCUCUGUCGCCCCCUGAAACAUCGCUGAACCUUAACCCGCUUACACCCUUGGCAAUGGCUUUCUUCACGUGUAUAGAAAAGAUUGACCCAGCAAAAUUUUCAAGAGGAGAUUUUAAGUCUUUCCGAGCAGUCUUUGCAGAGGCUUGCUCGCAUGACCACCUCAGGUUUAUAGGUAGUGGCAUCAAAGUAUCUUAUGAGCAAAGACAGAGGCCCACUUCCCGAUACUUUAGUACUGACGUGUCUGUUGGGCAGAUGGAGCUUUUGGAGUGCCUGUUUCCCACUGAUCUUCACUCUGUCCCUCCUCACUACACCGAGCUUUUAACGUUCCACUCCAAAGAGCAAAGUGAUCACCCCCAUGCCCCUGUGUGUCUUCAGCUUCACUAUAAGCAUUCAGAGAAUAAAGGCCCCCAGGGUAACCAAGCAAGGCUUAGUUCUGUCCCUCAGAAGGCAGAAUUACAGGUUAAGUUCAAUCCUGUGUUCUGUGAGCUGGAUAUCAGUAUUGUGGACAGGCUGAAUUCUCUGCUUCAGCCACAGAAACUUACAGCGGCUGAGAUGAUGGCGUCUCACAUGUACACUUCAUAUAAUAAGCACAUCAGUCUGCACAAGGCUUUCACUGAGGUAUUUCUGGAUGAUUCACACAGUCCUUCAAACUGUCGUAUAUCAGUGCAAGUCACCACACCAGCAUUAAACCUCUCUGUUCGCUUCCCAAUACCUGAUCUGCGAUCAGAUCAAGAAAGAGGACCAUGGUUUAAGAAGUCGCUUCAGAAGGAGAUCCUUCACUUAGCAUUCACAGAUCUCGAAUUCAAGACUGAAUUUUUAGGAGGAUCAACCCCAGAACAAACUAAAUUGGAACUUACCUUUAGAGAACUAGUUGGGUCUUUCCAAGAGGAUAAAGGAGAACCAUUGAUUAAGUUUUUCCAUGUGUCUAGUGGAGUAGAUGGAGAUGUGACGUCAUCAGAUGACUUUGACUGGCCUCGAAUUGUGCUGAAGAUAAACCCACCCACCAUGCAUUCCAUUUUGGAGAGAAUAGCAGCAGAGGAGGAAGAUGAAAGUGACGGCCAUUAUCAGGAAGAAGACGAAGGGGGUGCUCACUCCCUGAAAGAUGUCUGUGAUCUGAGAAGACCAGCUCCGUCUCCCUUUUCUUCUCGUCGAGUUAUGUUUGAAAAUGAACAGAUGGUGAUGCCUGGAGACCCUGCAGAAAUGACAGAGUUUCAGGAUAAAGCAAUCAGCAGUUCUCACUAUGUGCUGGAGCUUACACUGCCCAGCAUUCAUGUAACACUACCCAGUAAAUGCUUUUAUGAGAAGCUUUAUAAUAGGCUCUUUAACGACUUGCUGCUGUGGGAACCAACAGCUCCUUCACCAGUGGAGACAUUUGAAAAUAUCUCAUAUGGUAUUGGACUUUCAGUAGCCAGUCAGCUGAUUAAUACCUUCAACAAAGAUAGUUUUAGUACAUUUAAAUCUACAGCUCACUAUGAUGAGGAAAGUGGAUCUGAGGAAGAGACCAUGCAAUAUUUCUCUACCAUUGAUCCUAACUACCGUUCCCGGAGGAAAAAAAAACUAGACUCUCAGAACAAAAACUCACAGAGUUUCCUCUCAGUUCUUCUAAGUAUUAACCACGGAUUAAUGGCAGUCUUUACAGAUGUAAAGCAAGAUAAUGGUGACCUGGUGGAAAACAAGCACGGCGAAUUCUGGUUAGAGUUCAAUAGUGGCUCGUUGUUUUGUGUGACCAAGUAUGAAGGUUGUGAGAACAAGCACUACAUCUGUCUUCACACCAGCAGUUUCUGUCUGUACCACAAAGGGAUAGUGGACGGAGUCAUUCUCCCUACAGAGACACAUCUGCCCAGUGCAGCUCGGCCACAUUGGUUGGAACCUACUAUUUACUCCUCUGAAGAAGAUGGCAUCCGUAGAGCUUCUUCAGAUGGUGUUGGAGGAGACACUUUGAAUAUGCUGUCCGUUGCAGUGAAAAUAUUAUCUGAGAAAUCAGAAUCCAACACAAAGGAAUUUCUCAUUGCUGUAGGACUUAAAGGAGCCACUCUGCAGCACAGAGUGCUUCCUUCUGGGCUUAGCUGGCAUGAACAGAUUUUAAACUUCUUGAGUAUUGCUGAUGAGCCUGUUUUGGGAUAUAAUCCGCCAACUUCAUUUACAACUUUCCAUAUUCAUCUCUGGAGCUGUGCACUUGAUUAUAGGCCUCUUUAUUUGCCAAUUCGAUCUCUGCUCACAGUUGAAACAUUCAGCAUCUCUAGCAGUGUGGCCUUGGAUAAGUCAUCUUCUACUCUCAGGAUAAUCUUGGAUGAAGCUGCAUUGCAUCUGUCUGACAAGUGUAAUACUGUCACUGUAAAUUUGAGUAGAGAUUAUGUUCGUGUGAUGGACAUGGGUCUUUUGGAAUUAACUAUAACCACAGUGAAGUCCGAUUCUGAUGGAGAGCAAACUGAGCCACAUUUUGAAUUACACUGUUCUAGUGACGUUGUCCAUAUUAGGACAUGUUCGGACUCUUGUGCUGCCUUAAUGAAUCUCAUUCAGUACAUUGCAAGCUACGGGGACUUCCAUGCAGCUAACAAGACUGAAGUGAAGCCUGGAGCUGCUCAAAGAACUAUGAAGGUAGAUUCCACUGGUCGAUCAUCCUCACGUGGCCCAGUACUUCCGGAAGCUGAUCAGCAGAUUCUACGAGAUUUGAUGAGUGACGCCAUGGAAGAGAUUGACGUGCAGCAGGCCACAGCAGCUGUGCAACCCCAGUCGAAUGGUGUUUUGGAUGAAAAAUCACAGAUUCAGGAACCUUGUUGUUCAGACCUCUUCCUGUUUCCAGAUGAGAGUGGCAAUGUGUCCCAGGAACCUAGGCCCACCUACACACCAUUCACUCACCACCUGAUUAGUGAUGCCGUGACAGGGGUCCCCCCUGAAAAUGAUGACUUUUGUAUUCUUUUUGCACCUAAAGCAAAUAUCCAGGAGAAGGAAGAGGAACCAGUUGUAAAGAUAAUGGUUGAUGAUGCGAUUGUGAUAAGAGAUAAUUACUUCAGUCUGCCCAUUAAGAAGACAGAUAGAAGCAAAGCCCCGCCACACUUCCCUGGCCCUGUGGUCCGAUAUGUUGUUAAGGAAGUCUCUCUUGUUUGGCAUCUUUAUGGGGGAAGAGAUUUUGCAGCCCCACCUACUUGUCCAGCUAAAAAUCACAUCAGCCCCCAGAGUUCACCUUCUCACACACCUACAAGGCAUGGACCCCACGCAGUGUCUGGGGGGAGAGGGAGAAACCAUAACCUCUUGAUGGAAAUCCAGCUAAGCAAGGUGAAGUUUCAGCACGAGGUCUACCCGCCCUGCAAGCCAGAGUGUGAGUCCGGUCUCUUAGAACACCCAGUGUCCCGGCAGGUGUUCAUUGUGCAGGACCUGGAGAUUCGAGAUCGGCUGGCGACAUCCCAGAUGAACAAGUUUUUGUAUCUGUACUGCAGCAAAGAGAUGCCUCGACAGGCUCACUCCAACAUGCUGACGGUGAAGGCGUUGCACGUGCGCCCAGAGGCCGGCAGGUCCCCGCAGGAGUGCUGCUUACGGGUGUCACUGAUGCCUCUGCGCCUGAACAUCGACCAGGAUGCGUUGUUCUUCUUGAAGGAUUUCUUGACAAGUCUUUCUACAGAAGUAGAGAUUCUGACGGCUCCAGAUCCAGAAGUUAAAAAGUCUCCUGGGGCUGAUGUCACCUGCAGUUUGCCAAGGCGUUUAAGUGCCUCAAAGGGGCCAGAUCUAGUUCUUUCUUUCCCUGGGCCAAAGCCACCUUCCCAAAAUGAUGGUGCCAAUUCGGUGGGAGUGGUGAAUGGGGAGGAGGAGAAGGACUUCGCAGCUGAGGAAGCCUCACACAGUGAUCAACCCGUGUUCUUCAGAGAAUUUAGAUUCACGUCAGAAGUUCCCAUUCGACUCGAUUAUCAUGGCAAACACGUAUCAAUGGACCAGGGGACGCUGGCUGGAAUUCUGAUUGGCCUGGCCCAGCUAAACUGCUCUGAACUAAAGCUGAAGAGACUCUUCUACCGGCACGGUUUACUAGGUGUAGACAAGUUGUUCUCAUAUGCCGUCACUGAGUGGCUUACUGAUAUUAAGAAGAACCAGCUGCCAGGAAUCCUGGGCGGUGUCGGGCCAAUGCAUUCACUGGUACAACUAGCUCAAGGCCUAAAGGACCUGGUCUGGCUGCCGAUAGAGCAGUAUCGGAAGGACGGCCGCGUUGUCCGCGGCUUCCAGAGAGGAGCAGCCUCGUUUGGCACCUCAACUGCGAUGGCCGCUCUGGAACUCACCAACAGGAUGGUGCAGACCAUACAGGCUGCAGCAGAGACUGCUUAUGACAUGGUGUCUCCCGGUACCCUCGCUAUCGAGCCCAAGAAGAACAAGAAGUUUCCUCAUCACCGGCUGGCCCACCAGCCAGUGGACCUGAGAGAAGGGGUGGCCAAGGCCUACAGUGUCGUGAAAGAGGGCCUCACAGACACGGCGCAGACCAUCUAUGAGACGGCGGCCCGAGAGCACGAGAGCAGAGGGAUGACGGGCGCCGUGGGGGAGGUCCUGCGCCAGAUUCCCCCUGCCGUGGUGAAGCCUCUGAUUGUCGCCACCGAAGCCACCUCGAACGUGCUGGGUGGCAUGAGAAACCAAAUCAGGCCAGACGUUCGGCAAGACGAGUCUCAGAAAUGGCGCCACGGAGAAGACUGAUUGUCCAGGCGCGCGACUGACUUCCUGAAGGUGGUGAGGGUGGAGACCCCAGCAUGGUGUCCCGCUCCCAGCCGGCGAGGCAGCGCUGUCCCUUCAUCGUGCCCAUCUCAGGGACAAAGCAUUUCUUAGUUCAGCCACUUGUUAUCAAAGCAACAUGCAACCAAAAGCUUGCGACAUCUAGGGCUAGUGUGGCUUUGCCUAUAGCGGUGUUCGGUGGCUGGUGUCAAAAGUCCUUAAAGCGUUCGCUGCCAAGCUGGCGGGCUGCUUGCUUUCAUUCAGUGGCCGUGGUUCUCCUUGCUCCUGACCACCUGGUGUUGGAAGGGAGCGUCCCGCGGCUCUGAGGACUCGGACCCACUUGAGUGCUCACAGAGGAGACUGUUCAUGCUGCUCUGAGGAGCUGCUUUCUCUCAAGUGUGAAAAAGAAUUACAGCUUCGAACUCUCUUUAAGAAUGAGAGACAGAAGUCACGCGGAAAGUGAAGCAAAUACGAUUUUCCCUAUAAAUGCCAGUGAGAAAAAACAAAACAUCAAAAACAAAAAGCCAGGCUGUUGGGUCUGGCCCCUAACACACACCGCUGCCAGGAGCAGAAAGCCCUUGGUGGGUGUCGCAAACAGAUUCUGUCGUGUCGCACUUCAUCCUGUGUGCGCGUCUGUAGACGAAUACAAGUCUUGUGCUGCAUUCUUUGUGUGAUCUACAAAGUGACACGAAAUAUAAAGUCUGAAAGAUUUUAGCAAAACUCAAA